AUGAGUUGGGGGAUUGAGAAGACAGAUGACAAGAAUAUGCAGCGUGACGCUUUCUACAGGAAGGAGAUGACAUGCGAUGCGAUUCACGAGGGGAAGGGCUACGCAAUAAGCUCUCUUUCGUUGCAGGUGUGUGGCCAGGCUUCCCACGACAGGACGGAGAUGCGAAUUCACGCUUUCCGCGACGGGAAGGGCUAUGCAAUAAGCCCUCUCUCACUACAGGAGAGUUUGACACCUCAUCCACUGGGGAGAGAGGAGUUGGGGGAGAACCGGAAUGAGGAGAACCGGAAUGAGGAGAACCGGAAUGAGGAGAACCUGAAUGAUCAGUGCCAGGUCCUAUGUCAGAGGUCAUCAAACAGGACAGCUCACCAGGUGUUGACGGGUGCAGUGAAGUUGCAAAUCACUGACAAGCACACGUCGAAGCCUACAAUGUUAUGUCCAAACUGCAAAUUGAGAGAGUUUCUGUCCAUUGAGUCACUUAUUACGCACCUCAAUUCCCAAUCUACCUGCUGGCCACCUGAAGCACGACCACAAGAAUUACCCGUCCCUCCUGUAUUCCGUCAAAGUCCUGUUUCAAGUACCACUGGUACUUGUCAUCAAGAUUCCAGAUAUGUCUUCGGCAUUGGUAAAAACAUGCUCGAUAGGUUGGAAGACGAUACAUAUGCGUACCGGCGAAAGAUCAACCAUUACUACCCUUUCCACGACGAAGGCGAAUGGGAAUUAGGGAAGUUCUUGGUCGAAAACCUCACUCAAACACAAAUCACUAAGUUUUUGAAGUUGAAAUGGUUUAACGAUCACCCAAGACCGUCUUUCACCAUGAAGGAUAAACUCUUGGACUGGAUGGACUCGCUUCCUUGUUUUAUGGAGUGGCAAGUCUCCAAAAUAGAGUUUUCAGGCUACAAGACCGUUUAUCCCAUCGAACUCAUUUGGCGCGAUGCAUUGGAUGUAGUCAAGCAACUUUUUAGUGACCCUAUCUUUGCGAACCAUAUGAUGUUCGUCCCACACCACAUCGGUGUCGGUAAUCAGCGUGAAUAUGGAGAUUACAUGAGCGCUGAUAUGGCAUGGAAAAUCCAGAUGCACCCGAUUUUCAUCACCAUCGGUAAUAUCGAUUCGGAGUUCCGUGUGCAUCCAGAUUAUCAGAGUAUUCUUCAGGCACAGCUAUGGCAUAAAUGCAUGGACCUCGUCUGUGCUAACCUCAAGGCCGCGGCAGCAGAGGGAUGUUUCAUGCCUGACCCUUUUAGAUUUAUCCGUUAUGUUUUCACGCCCCUUGUAGCUCAUGUAUGCGACCUGCCAGAGGCCACCAUGAUCGCUGCAGUUGCUAAAAACGCAUCUCCUCUGACUAUGGCGACGCAAGAGCAUUUUGGUGAUGGGAUCCUCCACCCCCCUCGUACCGGGAAGCAUACAUUGGAACUCCUCGUCGGUAUUGCCAAGACAGUUGAUCCCUGGGACCUUGACAAGUUCCAGAAAGCGGCCAAAGUUCUCAAUCUGUCUGGAGUUCACAUGCCUUACUGGCAUGAUUGGAUAUAUGCAUGCCCAUCCGUCUUCCUCGCUGGCGAAAUUCUACAUACCUGCUUCAAAUUUUUCGCUGAUCACCCGCUCAAAUGGGUGAAGGAGACUGUAGGAGCUUAUGAGCUUGAUACCCGUUACAUUGCUCAGCAUAAGCGGGUUGGCACGCGCCACUUCGCCAAAGGGAUCACGCAUGUCAAGCAAAUGACGGGCCGUGAAUAUAGAGAUAUACAACGCACUAUCGUUGCAUCAAUCGCAGGUGCUGUUUCACCCAGAUUUAUUCGCGCAAUCCGCGGCCUUGUAGACUUCACAUAUCUUGCACAACACCCAGUUCAUUCACCCCAAUCGCUCCAAGCCAUGACGCAGGCACUUUCAGAUUUUCACUCCUUCAAGGACGCUAUCGUCGCUGCAGAAGCGAGGAAGGGGAAGAAAGGCGUGAAAGAAGAUUUCUUUAUUCCAAAACUCGAGCUAAUGCAAAGUUUCGAGGGUACGAUCAGGAGGUUGGGCACAUUGAUGCAAUUCUCAGCUGAUACGACGGAGCGAUUGCUCAUAACACACUGUAAGGACCUUUUCCCUCGGACGGCUCGACAAAGCAAAGAUUUCACGGAGCAGUGCGUUUGUAUUCUUAAUUGUCAGGAGUCGAUGGAAAUAUUUGAUUUAUAUGCGUUGUUGACUUCUCGGGGAGCAUCACUGGUCAAUGCCAUACACGCUGAAGAUGAGGAUGUCACAAUCGCUAAUCCUGCACUUUCUUGGGUUUCCCGCAUACUCCCUGACGAGGUGAAGUCGGUUCAUGGUCCCAGACCACUUUCCAACUGA